AUGAGCGGCAGAGAAGACAAGCUCGGCACGCCAGCACCAGACGACUUCUCGACUGGGGUUACCCACGCGCUUCGUUCACCAGAUGGUUCCUCCAAGGGUGCGCCCCGAGGGUUUCAACCUCCCGAGAUAAUUCGCCUCAUGUCACCCGAGGAGCGUGAUCAGCUGGAGAAGAAGCUCAUCCGGAAGAUUGACAUUCGCAUCCUUCCAAUGAUAGUCGUCAUGUACAUUCUGAACUAUAUUGAUAGGAACAAUAUCGCAUCGGCCAGGUUUGCCGGUUUGGAGGAUGAUCUGAAGCUUAAUCCAAGCGGGACUCAGUUCUCUACCGCUGUCAGUAUUCUCUUCGUGGGAUAUCUAUUGAUGCAAGUGCCGUCCAACUUGCUUCUCAACAAGACUGGGAAGCCAGGUAAAUACCUACCCAUCUGCAUGGCGAUUUGGGGAGUCAUCUCGGCUGCUACCGCGGGCUGCCACUCCUUUGGGGGACUACUAACUGCCAGAUUCUUCCUCGGAUUCGUUGAAGCAGCAUAUUUUCCAGGCUGUCUGUACUAUCUCAGCUGUUGGUAUACACGCAAAGAAUUGGUUGUGCGGACGACAUAUCUCUAUGCGGGAUCACUCAUUUCUGGCGCCUUUUCUGGGCUCAUUGCCGCUGGAAUCACGGGCAACAUGGACGGAACUCGGGGCCUUCGUGCGUGGCGCUGGCUGUUCAUCAUUGAGGGUGCGAUUACUGUCGCAAUUGCAAUUAUUGCCUUCUUCAUCUUGCCAGACUUUCCGCGAACGACAAAGUGGCUAAACAAGGAGGAAAUGGUGCUUGCUAUCUGGAGGCUGGAGGAAGAUAUCGGCCAGGAUGAUUGGGUGAAUUCGCAAGAACAGACUCUUUGGCACGGUUUCAAGCUCGCGUUGGAAGAUGUGAAAACCUGGGUCUUGCUUGUGAUUCUCUUUGGCAACGUAUCUGCAGCGUCCGUUACCAAUUUCUUCCCCACCGUGGUCGCGACUCUCAAGUAUAAGCCGGUAGUUACGCUGUUGCUGACCGCGCCGCCGUACGUCCUGGGAGUCAUCACCACGUUCGCAACAGCAUGGCAUGCGGAUAGAACUGGCGAGCGAUUCUACCACGUUAGCAUUCCGCUGUGUCUGGCAAUGGUGGCGUUUAUCAUCUCGGCUGCUACAACAAACAUUGCCGCCAGAUACGUUGCCAUCAUGCUCAUGAUUCCCGGUCUCUACAGCGGAUUUACUACUGCUCUAGCUUGGAUCAGCAAUACUUUACCACGUCCGCCGGCGAAACGAGCUGCAGCACUUGCCUUUAUCAAUGCCGUAGCUAACAGCACAUCGAUCUAUGCCAGUUACUUGUACCCCAAGUCGGCCGCCCCGGAAUAUACUGGAGCCUUUAUUCACAACUGCGUCAUGGCAGCAGUGGCGAUAUUUGCAGCAUUUGUGCUGAAAAGAAUGCUGGUCCGGCUGAACGAUAAAUUGGACAGAGGAGAAACGGUUGAGGGUGCAGUUAAUGCGGCGCCUGGGGAGGCCGUGGAGCAUGGAUUUCGUUUUUUGGUGUAG